UUUUUUUUAUUUUGGUUUAAACACUACUACUGCUACUACUACCAACUUGCGAAAGUCUUGUAAAAAAAAAAAAGACGGGCACCACAGUUUUUUUUUUUGCAACUACUGCCAUCUCCAAUAAAAAACACACCACCCACCCCACUCCUCUUUCUUUCUCCAUUUUAAAAUUCUGCCAAAAUCAAUAAUGUCAAACUGUGUCCUGCCAUCAACCGAUAACAAGCAGCGGCGGGUAUUCAGCCCUGUCAUACUCUUCCAUGACCACAGAUUCGUUCGGGACGGGUCAGGCGACCUUGAACACGUACAUAUCCCGUACAGGGAUCCACACUAUGUCCCGUCGAUAGAGUCGUCGAAGAAACGGAUCCAUCAGAUGCUAGAAGACAAUGGCCGGUUCUGGGCUGAUGUCAUGGUGGCAUGUUCCAAAGGUAAAGAUGACAGACACUGUAAUGCGAAUCAUUAUUUUAUUGUUGUUGGCGCACAUACCCUUUACCCUUCUUGUAAUACCACUGCCUCUCUCCUUCUCUCUCUCUCUCUCUCCCUCUUGUACUUGCACACACAACACACACACACUCACUCACUCACACAUCACCGCGCCCUUUCAACCCCCCCAAAAAAGAAACAGAACCCCCUUUUCCCCGAGUCUGUGCACCCCAGUUGUUCUUCUCGCUCACACACAGACGCACAUUUGAACAACUUGGAUUAUGAAAGAAAGGAAAGAAAGGAAAAGGAAAAAAGAAAGAAGACUAACCACCAUUUUCCCCUUGGGGUGAAUUGUCAUUAGCCGAUGCAACAGCCGACAAACCGCUUUCCCCCGUUCCAUCACUCGUUUCAUCAUCGUCGCCCGCAUCCCUUACGCCACGCGAACCUCCUGCCGAAUGGAACCGUAUCGUUCCGUCCUCGUCUACCUCGUCCUCAUCCUCAUCCUCACCACCACCGCAACAACAACAACAACAACAACAACCUUCCUCGUCCACAGCUACCACCAAUACUACAUCAACUUUGGCUGCUGCUGCUGCUGCUGAGCGACGACCCUAUCAACGACGCAGCC